UCGCCAGGAGAAAAAAACGACGAUUUGCCACAUGACCGCCGAUGGAGGACGCGAAUACCAGAGCCUACAGAAACCCGCGGGCCGCCACGCGGAGGAUCCCUCCGUGGAUUCCCCACUGAAGCAAUCUUGCCAUGCUGCCGGCCUCGCCGCACCUUUUCUUCCCUUCCCCGAUUUGAGCCCCCACCCCACCGACCGUGCGUGCCUUCCUCACCUCGCCUUCGCCUCGCCUCGCCCACCAGACCAGACCGCCGCCGCGGCAGAGAUUCCCCCAACCCCCAGAUUUCCCUCCGAGCUAGUGCCUCCCGCCGCGAUGGAGCUGGCGAACCACGACCUGGCGGCGCUGGGCGCGGCGGACCUCAUCCGCGUCUCCGCCUCGAUCCCGCGCGCCGCGCCGCGCACCUUCGCGCUGCUCACCGCCUGCCUCGUCUUCCCGCUCUCCUUCGCCGUGCUCGCCCACUCCCUCUUCACCCACCCCAUCCUCGUCCGCAUCCACACCUCCGGCCACACCCUCGACUCCCACCAGUGGCUCGCCCUCUUCGCCUACCAGUUCGUCUACGCCAUCCUGCUCUUCAUCUUCUCCCUCCUCUCCACCGCCGCCGCCGUCUUCACCGUCGCCUCCCUCUACGCCGCCAAGCCCGCCUCCAUCUCCUCCUCCCUCGCCGCCCUGCCGCCCAUCCUCCCCCGCCUCCUCCGCACCUUCCUCUGGGUCUCCCUCGUCAUGGUCGCCUACAACUUCGCCUUUGUCCUCACCGUCUUCCUUCUCAUCCUCUUCUUGGCCCCCUCGCCCGCCACCUCCCCGCCCUCACUCUCCUUCGUGCUCCUCCUCCUCCUCAUCGUCUUCGUCUUCCUCGCCAUCCACGUCUACAUCUCCGCGCUAUGGCACCUCGCCAGCGUCAUCACCGUGCUCGAGCCGCUCUGCGGCCUCGCUGCCAUGUCAAAAAGCAAGCAACUUCUUCAAGGCCGCACCCGCCUCGCCGCCGUGCUCGUUUUCUCCUACUUUGCCGUCUGCGGCGUUACCGCCGGACUCUUCCGUGCCGCCGUUGUCAAGGGACGAGGCGAGGAGGGGAGCCUAGGCCUCAGCAUGCCUGGCCGGGUGCUUGCCGGCGCUGUGCUAGUCUCUGUUUUCGUCUGUGUCAAUUUGUUGGGGCUGCUCGUGCAGAGCGUCUUCUACUACGCCUGCAAGGCCUUCCACAACCAGCAGAUUGACAGGACCGCGCUCUACGAGCACCUUGGUGGUUACCUUGGCGAGUAUGUGCCCCUCAAGAGCAAUAUUCAGAUGGAGAACCUGUGAGAUUGUGGGGAGGGUAAGCUACUCGUUUGUUUGCUCCAUAAUUAGCUGUGUUGUUGAAUCCUGCUUGCUCUAAAGAGGGGUGAGGUGCUAGCAUGUUAGUAGAAUUUAUUUAGUUCUCUUUUUGUCUAGUUUGCUCUAAGCAUGAGUUCUGUUGUAAUCUGUAAUUAAUAAUGCACAUCAUGGACCAAUCUGUGGUAUGAAACAUAGAUGCAUAAAGAAAUUAUUUUUCUUUUGCAAAAUCAUGUUCAUCUUUACUUUA